AUGGCAAUCAAGACACUUGGUGCAAAGGCAGCGGCGGCCUUGGAUCAGGAGCUGAUGAGCACUUGCGCGUUUUCCAUUGACCAGCUCAUGGAACUGGCGGGACUGUCCGUUUCACAGGCAGUAUAUCGCGUCCACCCACUGAACAAGGGGCGACGAGUUCUUGUGGCUUGCGGACCCGGGAACAACGGCGGUGAUGGCCUCGUCGCGGCUCGCCAUCUCUUCUACUACGGAUACCAACCCUCCAUCUUCUACCCCAAGCGGAGCAAGAAUGAGCUGUACCAACGUCUGGCAAAACAGCUCGAAGACCUCGAGGUCCCCUUCGUGGAUGACUUUCAGACGGCGUUGGGGCAGACCGAUCACAUCGUUGACGCCAUAUUCGGAUUCAGCUUCUCGGGAGAGGUCCGGGAGCCGUUUCCCGCGGUGAUCAAGGCUCUGCAAGAGACAAAGCUUUCCGUCACCUCCGUGGAUGCUCCGUCGUCGUGGGAUAUUGAGAAUGGCCCGCCAAGCUCCGGUCUGGGCAGCUCCUUCAUGCCUACCGCGCUCGUCAGCUUGACCGCCCCAAAGCCACUCGUCAAGUACUUCAAGGGUCGUCAUUUCAUUGGCGGCCGAUUCGUUUCGCCAUCCAUGGCCAAUAAGUAUGGCUUUAGCAUUCCCGUGUAUGAAGGCGUCGACCAAGUGGUUGAAGUGCCCACGGGUGGCGAGAGACUGUGA